ACAAUCUCGGCCGGGGCGUGUCUGCUCCGAAAACGGGUUAGUGUGUCUCCGAGCGUGGGAGAGAUCAUAUCAGUUCAGCGUCCCGGCUAGAAGGUCUGAAAAGCGAGGUAUGAACGGAAUGGACAUGGAGCAGAUGGGACCACAGAACUUCCUUUAUGGCUGUGAGCUGAAAGCUGGUAAAGAUGUGACCUUUAACCCCGAGGAUGACGAGUUUGAGCAUCAGCUGUCCCUGAGAAUGGUGUGUGUGGACUCCAGCACUAAGGACGAGCUGCAUGUGGUGGAGGUCGAAGGUCAUGACUCCGAGGGUCAGGAGGUGAAGGCCAUCAUGGCCACGCUGAAACCGUCCUCUCUACCCAGCGUGUGUCUGGGUGGGUUUGAGAUCUCUCCCCCGGCUGUGUUCAGACUCAAGUCCGGAUCUGGCCCCGUCCAUAUCAGCGGGCAGCAUCUCAUCAUGGCAGAUGCUGACCAGUCCUUUGAUGAAGAUGAAGAUGAGGAUGAUGAGGAGGUCAAAAUGUCCACUAAGAGGCCGGCUGUACUGUCUGUGUUCAAACCCCAGAAAAAGAUGAAGAUGGAUGAAGAGGCGGAAGAGGAGGAGGAUGAUGAUGAUGAAGAUGAUGAUGAUGAUGAGGAUGAUGAGGAGGAGGAGGAGGAGGAGGAAGAGGAGGAAGAAGACUCCCCAGUGAAGCCCAAGAAGGCUCAGCCCAAGAGCCCCGCCCAGAACGGAAAAACCCCCAAUGCAGCAGCAGCCACGCCCACAGUGAAACAAAACGCCAAGGCGAAGACCCCCGAUGCCAAAACCCCCGAUGCCAAGGGCAAAGCAGGAAAGGGCCCGAAAACACCACAGACCCCCCGCACCCCCACCAUGGAGGAGAUCCAGAACAAAAUGAUGGCCAAUGUUGAGAAGGGUGUGAUGCUCCCAAAGCUGCAGGUGAAGUUUGAGAAUUACCUAAAGAACGCUUUCCAGGUGAAGGACACCAAGACGGUCCAGGAGCUCUGGAAAUGGAGACAAACGGUGAAGGACAGAAAAUGAUUUUUUGUUUGUUUUUUGUUUUUUGAAUGUUUUUUUAUUUUAUUUUAGUUUUUAACCCCCACCCCCACCUGAAUUUGUCCUCCCUGUCACUAACCAAUCAUUGAGCUUCAGCUGGCUCGAUUUGGGUUAGGGUCGGGGCCAGGCUGCCACGGUUACGCUGAACUAUUUGUUUUCCAUUUGUUAUACUUUUUAAUAUUAUUUUGUGUUUGGUGUUCCUGUGGGACAGAUGUGCUCCCGCCCCCCCACCUUCUUAUGUUCAUUGUUUGAAAAACUGGUUCAGAAUGUGCUUUAUGAAAUAAAAACGUUUAUGGAGAAA